AUGCCUCUUGGAAAGUUCCUUGCCGCGAUCAACAGCCUCGAGCGCUGCAAUGCAGCCUUGAAUUUCGAGGCCAAAGCAACUCGCGUCUCCUGCGGCCGAAUCCAAAGCGAGCUCCAGGAGAUGCGACGGAACUCCAUCGCCGGGGUCAUCGGCCAAGUCUACGGCUGCUGCACCUCCGAUAUUUACUUGCGAGUUCUUCCUUUUUAUGAGACUUAG